UCUCCCUCUUUUGAGUCUUGCCGGCGUUCCCUGCUACCUACCUAUUUGGCCCAAUUAUAUUAUGAACAAACUUAGUUCAUAUCAGUUCGUCGAUUAUUGUUUUUAAUCUUAAAAUUUGCUUCAUUUUAGUGGUAAUGGUGUUCGAUUUUGAUUCUUCCCUCUUUUUAUUUGUUUGCAAUUGAGUUUUCUGCCCCUGCCCCUGCCCCUUGUUUGAUUUAGGAAUGAUGCCACAAUUUGUAUUUCUAUCUCUUGGAAUUGCAUCACUAUGCUUUUCUUUUCGUUUUCUAAUUUGAUCCUGAUCACAUGAGUUCAUUUAUCGACCAUCUUUUUAAGUAGUGUAAUAGUGAAUCUGGUCAAGCUUUUGAGUGCAGCGAAAAAUAUUGGCGUAGCAGGAUCAACUAGCAUUGCAUGCUGUGGUGAAUGGCAGAAGAGAGCAACAAAGCCUUGUUACUUUCAGUUGAUUGUCCUAGUGCAAGGCUUCCCGAUCAUCUGCUGAUCGAAAUCUUUAUUCGUGUGCCCAUAGUGGAGUGGGGACACCUCGCCUGUGUUAAUAAAUACUGGGCUGAUUUGUUUAGGCAGGAUUGCUUGUGGCACGCUGCUCUUAUUAGGUGUUUCCCUUUGGCUGGUCAUGGUGAAAGGUGGCCUGGCCCUAUUCCUCGUGGGAUGAGCAAGAGGAGGUUUAUUGCUCUGUGUAUGAGUAAAUGUAUCUUUCCACUUGGUGAUGAGCUAAGUGAGAUUGUAGGUCAUUCAUACUUGUUUCUGAAAGAGCAGCUCGAAAUUUCAACUUUGCCUCCUUCACCAGUUAUACUUCAUGGAACUAUAAUAGAUCAGUUUAUUGCCUGUGGCAAAUCAAGGGACAGAGCUCAUGAGCUUGCUUCAGUUAUUUGGUUGGCUGUCAUUGACAACUUGGAGGAGAAUCAUCAGACGUUUCUUUUGCUUAAACGUCUUGCACUUGAGGGCGAUUGUGAUGUGAAUUUGGUUCAACAGGUGUUUCUGCCAUAUCCAUACUCAAGAUCCUUCAAAGUUGAGUGGAAGAUAUUAGACAGACUUUUCACAGAUUUUCGCGACUGCUUAGCUGAUGCAGAUUACUAUGAUUUAUUGGCUUGUGCAAAACAGAAAUUUCAGCCAAUACCACCAACCUGGCUGGGAUAUUAACACCUCUCUUAUUUUCUAAAUUUCUAUCUCUGAAGUCGCCCAUUGAAAUCAAUCCCAGAUCUCAAUUAUGCUAAUUUUAGACCAUUCAUGGACUGAGAACCUGUAUAUGAUGUAAAUAUGAAAGAUUGUAAUUUCAGACCAUGAAAAAGUGGGUGCAGGUUUGUGAAUAAUGAAUAGAUCAUUGAUGAAUGGAUUAUGGAUA